CUGUAUAUAAGCUGUGCGCGCCGACCCGGCUGGCCACUCGUCUUGCUGCCCGCAAAGAUGUGGUCAUGCAAGGUGCUGUUCCUCGUGUCCAUUGCUGUGGGUGCCUUGGCUUCAAACAGUGCCUGGAAACCGGGGGCUGUGUACAAGUUCCGCACUGAGGCGCGAACUCUUACUGCCAUACAUCAAGUGGAUGAUGUAUACGCAGGUAUUCUCAUAAAGGGAGACUUAGAGAUUCGACCUGCGAGCAAAAAUGUCCUCAUCGCCCAGCUGAACCACCCGAAGUAUGCCUCGAUCCAAGCGAAACUGCCUGGAGGCUGGAACUCGCCACUGCCCGAGAGGUAUCUGGAUAUGAAGCCUCUGCCACUCUCUGGGAAACCAUUUGAGAUCAGACUCGAAGACGGUCUUGUUGUUGAUUUAGUGGUAAACAAAAACGUCCCUACGUGGGAGGUUAACUUGCUGAAAUCGUUGGCAAGUCAGCUCCAAGUCAACACUGAAGGAAAGAACUUGGUUUCUGGAGGUAUAAACAUCAAACCAAACCAUACAGCCGCUUCUCCGAAUGCAGUUUUCAGGGCAAUGGAGGACUCGAUCACUGGGAAAUGUGAAGUCUUGUACGACAUCGCGCCGCUUCCUCAGUUAACCAUUCUGGCUCAGCCGUAUCUUGCUCCCCUCGUCUUGGAUCUUGAAGACACGCCAGUCAUCGAGAUUGUGAAGACUCAGAACUACAGCAACUGUGAUCGUAGAAUAGCUUUCAACUUCGGUUUUCCUGGCAACAGUGAGUUCCAGCAUCCGGAUGGUAACCAAGCUAACGAAUUUCUUUCGAGAUCUACAGUCUCCCGCGUCAUCAUCUCCGGAAGCCUCGACCGGUACACCAUCCAGUCUUCCCUCACGACGAGCAAGGUGGUCCUCAGCCCGCUGCUCUACAACAAGCAGAAGUCGAUGGUGGUGGGCAGCUUGAACCUGACCCUCGAAGCGAUCAGGACUGCCUCGAGCGCGCCGCAAGCCGUGGCCGACGGCAAGAAGGCGGGCAGCCUCGGUUACACGUACGAGAACGCGUACAGGUACAGGAACGUGGCCGACGUCGCCAGCAGCGCGGCGAGCAGCAGCUCUUCCAGCUCCAGCUCGCACUCCUCCGAGUCCAGCGAGGACGACGUCGUUCACAGCGGCUCCGAGCAGAAGCCAGACAGCGUGUCCCGUUCCUCCAGCGAGGAAUCGCGCAGUAGCGGCGGGGCUAGCUUCGACUCCAUCUGGGGAGGCAAGAACGAGGACUCCGAAGAAAAGAGCCAGAGGUCCGUUUCAGCAUCGCAAAACCAGGCGAAAAGGUCGUCGGAAAGCCAGGAAGAAGACAAGGAGAAAUAUUUCGGGGGAAUGAGAUUCAAGCGAGCGAUACACAAACGAGAAAGAUACACGCAGGAUUCGCGCAUGGAGUCCCCUGAACAAGACGAGGAAGAGGCUAGCAUCAGUCGCAUGGCAUCUGGCGAGCUGCAGUCUUCUGAGAGCUCCCAGGAGAACAACACCCGAGGAAUGUACAAAACUGAAAACCGCGAAGAAAACUAUUACCUGCCACUCCCGGCCCUCACUGAACCUCUAAGUCUGCCAAUGCUGCCACUUUUCGCUGGAAUCUCAGGGAAAUCUGUCAGCCAGAAAAUCAACAUCGUGGAUUACGUUCGGAAAAUGGCGCAGGAAAUCGCUAGCGAUAUUCACAGCGAUGAUUUCAUGGCGAAGCAAAACUCCUUAGAAAAGUACUCCAUUCUUAUUGACCUGAUUCGCUCGAUGGGCACGAAGCAACUGCAAGCAGCUACAGCCAGUCUAUACUCCAGCUACUCCUCUCGCAGCUCGAGUGAAAGUCACAACAUUCGCCUCAGUGCAUGGAGAGUUUUCCGCGACGCUGUAGCCGAAGCAGGCACUGCUCCCGCCCUCCUGGUGCUCAAGGACUGGAUAGCCAACUCCAGAGUGGAGGGCGAAGAAGCUGCCCAGCUGUUGGCGGUCCUGCCGUCGUCUGCAAUCAUGCCCACUCCAAAAUACCUUCACGAGCUUUUUAAACUGGUCACUUCGCAAAAAGUGCUUCAACAGUCGCAACUGAACGUAACUGCGCUCAUAGCUUUUGCAAAACUGAUACGCCAAUCACAGAUCGACAACUCGACCGUGCACAAGUACUACCCCGUCCACACGUACGGUCGCCCCGCAUCGCGAAGCGACUCUGCUGUGCACCAAGUGUACAUCCCGCACUUGAAGAGGCGCUUGGGAGAAGCCGUGUCCCGCAACGACAGCGUGAAGAUCCAGGUGUACACGUACGUCCUGGGUGCCAUCGGCCACCCGGUGAUCCUGAAGAUCUUCGAGCCGUACCUGGAGCGGAGCGUGAACAUCACCACGUUGCAGCGCACCUUGAUGGUGAUCAGCAUGAGCCACCUGGCCAAGCUGUACCCCGAGGUGGCGAGGCAGGUUCUGUUCAAGAUCUACCAGAACACGGCCGAGGAGCACGAGGUGCGCUGUGCCGCGGUGCAGCUGCUGAUGACUGCCAACCCUCCCCGGGUGAUGCUGCAGCGCAUGGCUGAGUUCACCAACUACGACGUCCACACGCAGGUCAACGCCGUCGUCAAGACUGGCAUUCAGACCCUUGCGAACCUCAAGGGCUCCGCCCACCGCGAACUAUCACUGGCCGCAAAAUCAGCUGUCAGCAUUAUGAACUCGACAGGUAUUCCAAUACAGUCCAGCCGAAUUCACAUGCGCAGCUACGAAUCUGAAAAAUUACCUCUCUCAUACACACAAGAACUUAAAUACAUUGGCAGCGACAAUUCAGCCAUCCCAAAAUCUUUGUAUUUCAACAUCACGAGGAAUCAUGGUGGAUUCAAAAAAAACCUUUUCAGUUUUGGAGCCAUGGUAUCUAGCGUUCCCCAUCUGAUUGAGCGUCUGAAAGUUCAACUGGGACGCAGCCAACGCCUACAUGAAUCACUAGAGGAGUCAACAGAAUACAGUGCUUUUGAUUGGGAAACUAAUAUAUCACCAUCGCACAUUUCUGAACUUCUUGGACUCAAACUGAACAAGUCUGAACCAACGGAAGGAAACUUCAUGGCCCACGUUUUAGGACAAUCUCGAUUCUUUGCUUAUGACAGUCAUACCAUUAAUAAAAUCCCAGAUGUUUUGCAACAAGUUAUGGCAGCAAUUAGCUCAGAAAGGAGUUUUAAUUUUACCAAGUUUUACAACGAGUAUGCAGUAACAUUGGCUUUCCCUGUAUCGACUGGACUGCCUUUCGUGUACACGCUUAAAACACCGUCUGUGAUCUCAGUUGGAGGAAAGGCACGCCUGAGGCUACAGCUUGACGAGGAAAAGAGUUAUAGUGUACCCAAAUCUGUGAACGCAAGCGGCCAACUGAACAUUUGGUAUUCUUCAAAGAUCCAAGCUGAACUUGGAUUCGUCACACCUUUUGAUAACACACACUACUUGAGCGGUGUAAAUAAGGAUACUUUCGUGAACCUGCCAGCUAAAGCCAAAGUGGACAUCGAUGUGAAGAAUAAAAAUUUCAAACUGACAGCAGAGCCAAUCGAUAAAGACCAAAAGACAACACUUUUCUACUACAGCACUACACCCUUCAUUGUACGGCAUAAUAUUCUGAACCUCAAACCUAUUCAAGAGGAGAGCAGCUAUGAGCAAAUCGUGAACGAAGACUUCACCCAGAUGGACUCGACGUUCGGAGAAAAGAGCAUCGGAAUGUCGUUCCAAGUGCAUCACAAUGCCAGCGGACCAUUAAGACGACUGACAAGAAUUAUCGAGGAGGCGAAAAGAGAUCUGCUCAUGCCCCUAUACUUCCCGACUGCUGACGAGAGCUUGAUAUCUGAAAACAUAAGCUUAAGUUUCAUUCCCCAGAAAUCAAGUGCACGUUCUGUCGUUAUCAGAGGCGCAUAUGCUAGCAGAUACAACACUUCAACAUCAGACGAGCAAUAUUCUUCAGAGGAAGGUAGCUGGUACCACCCAAGGCAAAAGAAAUCCAAGGGCGCGGUAUCGCUUCUACCUUUGUCCAACAGCCAGAAGAGGAUUGAGGAGUUCAUUGAAAAGGCGAGCCACAGUAUCAAAAACAGCACCACUAUGGCGGUGGACCUGACUGUCCAGUUCCCUGGAGAAGAAAUCGCCGAGUUCAUGACAACAGCGGCUGUAGCCAGAAGUCCAGUCGAUGAGUAUUCACGCAUAGUGGCUUCAGUUUAUCAGAAACCAGCCUCCCAGUCAGAACAACCCUUACAAGCUGUUUUUGAGAUGACCAGCAAAGCACCAUACGUCCCACUGCUCAACUUCAAGGAAGCUCUUAAGGCAACUCCUUACAUCUCUGCCGAAGCCUCUCUGGGUUUCGGAGCGACAAGUCCUGACGCCAAUCGUAUCACCGCGCAGGCCAAGUUCAGUCAGAGCAAAGAGCGACAGGAAUACGUGAGCCAGAACCCCAUGGCGAAGUUGUGCGAGAGUCAGAUGGCUGAAGGCAACAACGCGCUGCCUGCUUGCCGCAACGUCACCGCCGAGGCCAACUACAUGGACCAACUGGACGUACACAUCAAGUACAACCAUCUUCCAGUUGUGUUGAAGAACAUCACGUACAAGUCGUACAGCCACCUCUUGUACUUGCUCUACCCGUACGUGGACGAGGACGUGUUCAGUGAGGAUCUGGUCCAGAACCAGAUCAAGCUGAAGGCGAAACUUUCUCCCAACUUGAAGGAACUGAACGUCUCACUGGAGUCGCCGAUAGUGAACGCCAAUCUGGAGCAUUUCCCUCUCGGACCGGUGUCGAGGCAACUCCUUGCUGUUCAUCCUGUCUACUGGGCAGCGGAGCGCUUCUCCAGAGUCGCGCUCGGCGAUCAGUUGAACCCCAAGUGCACCAUUGGAAAUAGCGCUGUCAACACGUUCGACAAUAAAACCUACCCAGUGCUCAUGGGCAAAUGCUGGCACGUCAUGUUGAAGCUUACCCCAAAACUCAGCUACGAGUCAGAACUCAAGUACAUGAAUAAGUACGACGAUGUUGCCGUUCUCGUCCGGGAUGCAGGAUCGUACAAGAAGGAAGUGAAAAUCAACACUGGUGAAAAUGAAAUCGACUUGUUACCAUCUUCAUCACACCAAGUUGAAAGCAGAGGCUAUGCAAGUGGAAAAGUUCGAGUAAAUGGUGUGUCCCUGAAGGUGUCGAGUAACAAUGUGACUAAAAUUUACAACAAUCAAGGUUCUACAUGGCUUGAGCUUUACAACCUUCCAUCGGGAGAAAUAAGCCUUCACUACCCACAACACGGGCUAGAAGUGCUUUACGAUGGCAAAACAAUCCAACUGAGUGCCAACAAUUCCUACAAGAGCAAUGUAGGAGGAUUGUGUGGCACGUGGGAUGGCGAGCCUACCACCGAUUUCAAAACACCCAUCGGAUACUACAUGAAUGACUCGCAGUUGUUCUCGGCCAGUUGGUCUCUUCCACAGGACUGCCAAGGACCUGUAUCAUUGAUCCGCAAGAAGGCCGUCCAACAGGGCAUUGUUCGUCCUCGCCCGAACGCAGUCCUGGUCAACCUGAUUGACAAUGAAGACAUCUGGGGUGACUUGUCCAGCAGUUCGUACAGUUCCAGUUCCAGCUCCAGCUCCUCGCAGCAAAGUGACGAGGAAGACAGUGCCAGCCGCCAAGAGCCCAACCUCCGCUCGUCGCCCAGGAAGACACCUACAGUGUUCCGCACCAAAGUGAUCGUCGACGGCAACGAGAUCUGUUUCAGCAUCCACCCUAUCCCUGCAUGUGCGCCUGGUUCCCAUGUCACCACUCGGUUCCAGAAGACCAUACCUGUUUACUGCAUCAACAGCAGCAACCCGACAGCCAGGAAACUGAAAUCGAUGGUGGAAAGUGGGGCAAAUCCUGACUUGAGGCGAAAAGGAGCUUCAAAAUAUCUGCAAACAAGUCUACCGAAAAUAUGUUCCACAGAGUUUCUUGUCCGCACACCACUGUCUCCUCUGCUCGCUCACACGCACUGCGUCGUCAAGUCCCCCUCGCCGAUGUCACUUCGGGUCUUCCUCUUCGCCUAUCAAGUCACCGCACAGUCGCUCGUCGCCGGAGAACUCGUCUGCUCGCUGUUAUCGCCAACCUCGACUCGCUGGUAUCGCUCCGUGGACUCGCCAUAUCGCCACCAGCCUGGGUCUCGCCCAGACCCUCUGCCCUCGCACCUGUCGGUCUCCCCGAAAGCCCGCAGAUAUGUCCGGGCUCCGUGGAGGCCAGCCACUCACUUCGUCUUGUUGCCCGCCAAGAUGUGGUCGUGCAAGCUACUUUUGCCGAUAUUGGUCGCAGUGGUGGUUUCGGCAUCCCCAAGCGCGUGGAAGUCGGGCACUGCGUACAGAUAUCAACUGUCAGGCAGAACUCUGACCACUCUUCUCCAGGGACAGGAGUCAUACACUGGUAUCGCACUUCAAGGACAACUGGAGCUGCGUCUCACCAACCAAGAUGUCCUCAGCUCUAAGAUUUUGCAUCUGAAAUAUGCUUCCGUGCACCUGAAGUUACCUGGUGGCUGGAACGCCCCCAUUCCAGAGAACAGUCUGGAUUACAAGACUUUGCCUCUUUCAGCUCAACCGUUCGAGAUUAAACUCAAGGAUGGUUUGAUCGACGGUUUGGUCGUGAGUGGAGACGUGCCAGACUGGGAACUCAACAUCCUGAAGGCUGUCGUCAGUUUGCUGCAAGUUGACACCGAAGGCAAGGACCUCAUUCGGGACAGCCACAACGCCAGGCCGAACCACACGGCUUCCGCGCCGAACGCUGUUUACAGGAAGAUGGAGGACUCGGUGACAGGCAACUGCGAAGUGCUGUACGACAUCGCGCCCCUUCCGCCAUACCUGGUGCUGGCUCAGUCGCACCUCGCGCCUCUCCUCAGGAACAUCAAGGACACUCCGGUCAUCGAAGUCGUGAAGACCCAGAACUACAGCAACUGCGAUCCGAGAGUGUCCUACAGCUUCGGUUUCCCUGGCAACAGCGAGUUCCAGCAUCCGGACGAAAACCAAGUUGGCGAGUUCCUUUCGCGGUCUUCAGUAUCCCGAAUUGUCAUCUCAGGAAAUCUCCGUAGAUACACAAUUCAGUCUUCUGUCACGACAAACAAGGUGAUCGUCAGUCCAAUUCUCUAUAACAAACAGAAAGCGAUGGUGGUCGGAAGUCUAAACCUGACUCUGGAAUCACUGAGAUCAGCAUCUGGAUCCUCACCAAUCGUGGCCAACCGCAAGGAAGUGAAGAGACUGGCGUACUCGUACGAAAAUGUGUUUGGAUACGAGCGGGAGUCCUCGGAGAGCCUGCAGAGUGACGCCAGCAGCAAAUCCUAUUCCAGCAGCAGCAGCAGCGAGGAACAACCCAACACCUCGGCCUCCAGCAGCCGCAGCAACAGCAAACCGGACGAGGCUCCGAGGAAGCUUUGGCCCGACUCCAUCUCCAAAGAAGACAGUAACGAAUCGCCAUACACCAGUGAGUACCGCAGGAAUCACGGCCAGUCCAGCGAAGAGGAACAGUCGGCAGGAGACCGAAUGAAGAGAUCGGCGUACAUAGACCCAAAGCGCAUGCCACAAACGUACUCGGAAGAACUCGAUGGUGAUCAGCUGAUGUCUGAAACAUUAUCCAAGGAGAGGAGCGCUAGGCGCAGUUCCGAGAGAGACAAUGAAAGUGGCAGCAAGAUCUCCCGAGAGAGUGCCUCCGUAUACGAGCACUACAUGCCUUUGCCUAGUUUGGGGUCUGCGCCAAGUCUGCCAAUGAUGCCACUUUUCACCGGAAUAUCUGGAAAAUCUAUUACUCAUAAAGUAAAUGUUGUCGAAUCUGUCCGCAAAAUUUCAUCGCUCAUUGCCCGUGAUAUGAUCGACCAGAACGCCAUGGUAAAACUGAAUUCUUUGGAGAAGUUUACGAUCCUCACUGAGGUCAUUCGCACGAUGAGCUUGAAGCAGUUGCAAACGGCCACAUCAAGCCUCUACUACAGUAUGCCAUUCUUGACUUCAAGCGAAAGUGAAAGCCAAACAUUGCGUCAGAAUGCAUGGGUGGUAUUCCGGGAUGCAGUUUCUCAAUCAGGCACUGCUCCUGCCCUAAUGGCCAUCAAAGAUUGGAUACAGUCCUCCAAAGUUAAGGGCGAGGAAGCUGCUGAAUUAGUAGCUGCUCUUCCAUCUUCUGCCAUCACACCUACACCAGAAUACUUAAAAGAGCUUUUUAAACUUGCAACAUCACCCGAAGUUAAAAAACAGCCAGGCUUGAACAAAACUGUAAUCCUGGAGUUCACGAAUCUUCUGCGGCUAUCUCAAAUAGACAACGCAACGGCACACAAAUACUAUCCUGUUCAUGUGUUUGGGCGGUUGGCUUCGAGAGCUGACCCAGCGAUUCAAGAGGAAUAUCUCCCAUACCUAGAGCAAAGUCUGAAGGAAGCAGUAUCUCAGAACAACAGCGCGAAGAUCCAAGUGUACAUCCGUGCCAUCGGAAACGUUGCGCAUCCUAGAAUUCUGGACAUUUUCGAGCCAUACCUCGAGAAACAGAAGACUGCGACGACAUUCCAGCGCACGUUGAUGGUGGUCACGCUGAACCAGUUGGCGAAGCUGUACCCGAAAGUGGCCAGGAACGUGUUGUUCAAAAUCUAUCAGAACCCAGCAGAAGCGUAUGAGCUGCGAAGCGCGGCUGUAUUCCUCCUGUUCUCCACCAACCCACCAGCGGUGAUGCUGCAGAGGAUGGCCGAGUUCACCAACUACGAGACUGACAUGCAAGUGAAGGCCGCAGUGAUUUCCGGCAUCAAGUCCCUCGCCAGUCUGAAGGGUUCAGCUCACCGUGAGGUUGCACGCAUCGCAAAAUCAGCCCUCAGCAUCAUGAACAACACCGAUGUUCCUCUGCACUUCACGGGCACGAACAUCAGAAGCAACGAAUGCGAAGACCUUGCACUCGCCUACAGCCAGACCCUCAACUACAUCGGCAGUGACGACAGCAUCCUCCCGAAGGCAGCUUUCUACAACGUGACAAGAAACGUUGGCGGCUUCAAAAGCAGCUUCUUUAGCCUUGGAGGUAUGGUGUCGAGUGUGGAUCACCUAAUGAAGGCGCUGAAGGCUCAGAGCGAAAGCAGCGAGGCGUCUUCAGAAGAGUCGUACGAGCAGCAGUUCAACAAGAAGUGGACAGUUUCGAAGCUGCGUGAGGCACUCAACUUCAAGACGAGGCCCAUCGAACCACUGGAAGGAAACCUCAUGCUGAAGUUCGCCGGAAUGUCUCGAUUCUUCGCCUUCGACGAGAACACCAUAGAAAAGAUUCCUGCAGUGGCCCAAGGAAUAGUGGCAGCUCUUGGUUCCGAGAGGAGUUUCGGCUUCACCAAGUUCUACAACCAGUUCCCGGUGAGGCUGGCGUUCCCCAUGGCUUCGGGGUUGCCCUUCGUGUACGCGCUGAAGACCCCCACGGUGGUGGCGGUCAGCGGCAAUGCCCAGAUCAGGACUCGGCCCGACCCAUCCAGCGGCUCCAGGGCUUUCAGCGUGCCGAGAAUCGUGAACGCCACCGGCGAGUUGGACGUCUGGUACGCUUCUAAAAUCAACGCUGAAAUAGGGUUCAUCACAUCUUUCGAUAGCAAACACUACAUCGCAGGCAUACAAAAAAAUGUGCAAAUAAACCUUCCGGUCAGAGCCAAAAUAGACAUAGAUGUUCUGGAAGCAAGUAUUAACCUGUCGGCAAAGCCCAUCAACGAGGAAAGAGAAACCACAAUAUUCCAAUACAAUGUAGAACCCUACAUCGUGAGACACGACAUCCUGAACUUGAAACCUGUUCAAGAAGAAGAUGAUUACGAACAGAUAGCAAACAACCGUUACCCUGAGUUUGAAAAGAUUUAUGGCGAGCAAAGCACAGGAAUGGCCUUCUCUGUGCGGUACAACAGCAGUGAAAAUCUUAGCCCUGUACCGAAAAUAUUUGCCGAAGCCAUGAGAGACCCAUUAAUGCUGCUUUACUAUCCUUGGGCAGAAAACCAACUUAAGUCCGAAAAUGCAACUGUAACUUAUAAACCUCUUCAGUCGAGCACAAAAAUUCUCACAGCCUCAUUAUCCUAUGCCCAGAGGCACGGCAGCUACAAGUCCACGGAGCAGCCCAUGGAGGAAGACAUCGAAGGGAGCGUGCACCCAAGGAGCAAGAAGUCGACAAAGCGGAGCCGCCGAGGACACGCCGAGGCCGAGGCUCUGUUCAAGAUCGACCCUGAGUCCAGCAAGCAGCAGAGGCUGGCCGAGCUACUCGACCAAGUGGACAGCGGCAUUGCAGGAAAGACCGCUUCGGCUCUAGACAUCUGUGCUAAGUUCGAAGGAGAACGCAAAGCGACUUUCGUAGCAACCGCUGCCUUGGAACGAGGCCCGAUCGACGAAAACUCCCACUUAAUUGUUGCAGUCUACUCGAACUCUGUAGAAGAAAGCGAACAACCGCUGCACGUUUACUUGAACGUGAGCACCCAAGAACCAAAUGUUCCUUUGAUUAACUUCAAGAAAGCUCUGAAAGCAAAUCCAAUCUUCAAUGUAAAUGCCUCUCUUUACUUUGACGAACCAUCUGGUGAAAAGAGUUACAUCAUAGCACAGGCGAAGUUCAACCAGAGCGAAGCUCGGCGCCAGUACAUCGAGCAGCACCCCAUGGCGCAGCUGUGCGAGAGCCAGAUGGCCGAGGGCAACAACGCGCUGCCUGCUUGCCGCAACGUCACCGCAGAGGCCAACUACAUGGACCAACUGGAGAUACUCGUGGACUACGACAACCUUCCCGCCGCUCUGAAGAACGCCACGUACAAGUCGUACAGUUUGCUUCGCUCUCUCGUCUCCAAGUACGUGGACGAGAACGUGUUCCCGGAGAGCACCACGCCGAACCACAUCAGAUACGUGUCGAAGCUCUCCGAGGACCUGAAGGAGUUGAACAUAUCCGUGGAGUCGCCCCUCGGCCACGCCCAGCUGGAGGAGUACCCGCUGGGACCCGUUUCGAGCCCACUUCUCGCGGUGCACCCCGUGUACUGGGCCGCAGAGCGCAUCUCCAGAGUCAUGCUCGAGGACCAGUACAACCCCAAGUGCUCCGUGGGUGGCAGUGCCGUCAGCACAUUCGACAACAGCACGUACCCGAUCCACUUGGGCAGGUGCUGGCACGUGGCGAUGAUCCUGGCCCCCAAGCAGUCAGCUUCAGCCGACCACCGCUCCCACUACGUGCCGCAGAUCAACCAGCAGAACGACGUGGCUGUGCUGGUGCGGGACGCCGAGUCUGCCAAGAAGGACGUGAAGAUCAUUGUUGGGUUGGACGAGGUCGAUAUUACUCCGUCGUCGCUGAUCCUCGGUGAAGGAGAAAGACAAAACUACGCUAGCGCCAAGAUCCAGGUGAAUGACCACACCCUCAACAUCCACAGCAACAACGUGACGGAGAUAUACAACGAGAAAGGCGACGUUUGGGCUCAGAUGUACUUCAUGGAACCAAGCGCGCUCAAGUUGAAGUUCCCUCUCCACGGACUCAAGAUGCUGUACGACGGCGAGACUCUGCAGCUGAGCGCGAACGACACGUACAGAAACACCGUCCUAGGACUGUGUGGCACAGCCGAUGGCCAGAAACGCACAGACUUCUUGGCGCCCAACGGCGCGCUCCUGAACGCUUCGCAGUUGUUCACGGCCAUCUACUCCAUCCCAGAAGAGUGCCAGGGACCAGCCAUGUCACUCCGGCGGAAGGCUUGGCAGAAGGCUGUGGUCAGCGCGCGAGACGAAACCGAAGCUUAUAAUUUCAUCGACCCGAUGGACUUCAAUGGAGGCAUCUCGCUGAGUUCUUCGAGCUCCAGCUCGUCUUCGGAGAGCCAAGAGACCAGUGGCGAGCCCGCCGGAGGUCCCUCUCGACCCAAGGUGCCCAUCAGAAGCCUGCACGUCAUGCGCACGACGGUGUUCGACGAGGUCAACGAGCUGUGCUUCAGCGUCCAUCCUCUGCCGGCCUGCGCGCGGGGCGCCCGUCCCUCGGCGCGAGUCGAAAAGAACAUCCCCGUGUACUGCCUGCUGCGCAAGAACCCCACUGCGAGGAAGCUCAAGACCAUGGUCGACAACGGCCUCAACCCCGACUUGAGGCGGAAAGGUGCCACCAAAUACCUCAAAGUCAGUCUGCCCAAGUCUUGUGUUAGGGCUUGAAUUUCACAACGACAGUAAUUCUGCAUUGCCAAUGACACUCAAAUGGUUAUAGUAUAUACAAAUGUGUUGUAUAUUAUACUACAAUACUUCAUAUUGUAUUUGUAAAUCUUAUUAUUUUAAAUCCGGAUAAUACUUACACAGUAGUACAAACAAAAUGUGAAAUAAAAAUAUGGAAAUAAAAGAGUAGUUACAUGAAAGGUUA